AUAAACGCAAGAAACAGAGUAAACAUUGAAACAAGGGUGACCUUUUCACCAAUCUGUCCCUUCCUUACACAGAGAAUCAUUUCAAUAGUCAAUCUAGACGCUAAAACAUCUUGCAGCAAAUUUAUUUAGUGCAUCAACAAUUUCAAUUAAACACUUAAUGAACUCAAGAUUGAAUCAGUGAACAAAACAAAUUUAAAUAUUGUCCCAAGUUAAUCCCUAUUAUGCCCUGUAUCGGGCUAAUUUGUGUGUAAUUUACUCUCUCGGUUAAUCAAUCUUUUUUCAUACAAAUUUACGUUUACAACCAUUGUAAACCCAAUCAGUGGAUAUAAUUUUUCAUCUCUAAUAAGCGUCCAACCAAGUUUUCACCAUGUCUUCGGCUGGUUAUUUGAUGCCUUUAUUGACCAGAAAAUUGAAAUAUCUGGGUAAAAUAAAGUCAACCACAAUUGAUAAUACAGCCUUCAAGUUACAUUACAAGUACACCUUUAAUGCUCUCAUUAUUGCCUGUGCCGUUGUAACCUCGUACCAAUUUUUUGGUACACCAAUAAUGUGUCUAACUCAGGCUAAAACGGUUAACCCGAAAACGAUCAACAAUUAUUGUUGGGUUGAAGGUACUUUUACUAUGCCGAAAGCAUUGACCAAGAUAACCGGUGAAGAUGUUGUUAUGCCUGGAAUUGAAAAGAAAGAUCGCCAAGAUGAAAUAUUACCGCAUCAGUACUACCAGUGGGUUUGUUUUGUGCUUUUCUUGCAAGCUUUAGCUUUUUACUUUCCUCACCUACUUUGGAAGAGAUGGGAAAAAGGUCAAGUUAGACGAUUGGUUGCUGAUUUGAAUAAAGCUUUACUUGAUGAUGGCAAAAAGACGAAAAGUGCUACUUCACUGGUCCAAUUUCUAGUCUCUCGCAAAGGACAAUUCAACAGCUAUGCAUUGGGAUACUUUUUUUGUGAAAUCCUGAAUUUUGUCCAUGUUUUGUUUGAAUUUUACAUUACCAACUUAUUUCUUGGUGGUAACUUUAUUGCCUAUGGAUGGCAAGCUAUGUUUUUUGAUGGAUCGGCUGACGAGAUUAACCCAUUGACUCGAGUGUUUCCUAAAAUGACCAAGUGCAACUUUAAUCAUUAUGGUUCCUCUGGUGAUGUUCAAAUUUAUGAUAACUACUGUUUACUGCCUUUGAAUAUUAUCAAUGAAAAGAUUUACAUUGCUUUCUGGAUUUGGCUGGUUUUCCUUGCAAUUGUAUCCUUUCUUACAAUCAUCUAUCGAUUGUCUUGCUUCUAUUAUCCACCAGCUAGAUACCGAUUAUUGCAAAUUGUUUCAAGACGAUCCAGACCUCAGGUGGUCAUUGAUUUGGUUAAUCAAUUGACUUAUGGCGAUUGGUUUGUACUCUACCUAUUGGGACAAAAUAUUCAACAAUCUCAUUUAGCUGAUAUCCUUGAACUAUUGUCACUUCAAUUGGAGCAAGACGCUUUCAAUGAAAACACCGAAAAUGAGAUGAAAGCAAUUUCUGUUGAUUCCAAGGCUUGAAAAAAGAGGAUCAUCUCUGAACUCGAGCCAAAAUUUUCUACAAACAAUCAGGAAAAAUGAAAAACGAGUUAACUAAAUUAUUGAAAAAUUUACUCUUUGGUCUUUUGUCAUUUUGUUUCUGUACACUGAUUGUUUCAAUUAAUUAUUAUAAACAUAGAUACCAAUAAUUAAACAGGGAAAAUUACAAUUGGGAAAGUUUCUUUCCAGCUACAUAAAUUUUUAUGUAUAAAUUAUUAUAAUAAAAAUGAUUGCUAUUUAAGAUGGAAA